CAGAGACACUUUAGUGGUGAUAGAAUCUCAGGAACAUGCCAGGGGUAUCCACCAUUGACUACAAUCCCAAAGACCAUGACUACCCGUAAACUCCAACGUGUGAAUUUCGAGUGGCCCUCGGUGCACGCGCGAUUAGAGCGCAACAAGUUCUAUACAUGUGCGGACGUGUUGAGUAUCUCCAAGUAUGAGCUUAUAGACCAGCUUGAUAUCGACUACCACGUGGCUGAGUCUGUUUAUAACGCUAUAGCAUUGGCGAGUAUGCCAAAGGGUACGAACGCUGCGACUAUGCUUGCGGAAACAACUUACCUGCCCAUUGGGUUGGGUCUACUAGAUGAACAGUUGAAAGGGGGACUGCUAAGUGGUACGCUUACCGAAGUAGUUGGACCGUCUGGAGCCGGCAAGACCCAAUUCUGUCUGCAGUCUGUUAUCAAUGCUGUCCUUGGCAGCGGUGUGGGCCCUGACCCAGAGCAACUGGUGCCGUGUCGGAUUGAGAAGUUUGGCUUCGCUGCUACCAGCGCUCCCUUUCUCACAGCCACUGCGCACGUGGCCAUUACCGGUCGAUCAGGAGUAUCCGUUGGACACUUGCGGAUAAGGGAAUGA